GCUCCGCAGCCCCCGCCGCCGGCCGCCGCCCCGCAGGCCGGGGAGGACCCCACCGAGACGAGCGACGCGCUGCUGGUCCUGGAGGGCUUGGAGUCGGAGGCCGAGAGCCUAGAGACCAACAGCUGCUCGGAAGAAGAGCUCAGCAGCCCGGGCCGCGGAGGAGGAGGGGGCGGCCGGCUGGUGCUGCAGCCCCCGGGGCCCGAUGUGCCCCCCGCGCCCUUCCCGCUGCAGGACUUGGUCCCUUCGGGCCGGCCGAGCCGAGCCGAGCAGCAGCUGCCGCCACCGCCGCCGCCGCCUGCCGGGCCCCUCCGGCCCCUCGCAGGCCCCUCUCGGAAGGGCUCCUUCAAGAUCCGCCUCAGUCGCCUCUUCCGCACGAAGAGCUGCAACGGCGGCUCGGGCGGCGGGGACGGGACCGGCAAGAGGCCUUCGGGAGAGCUGGCCGCCUCCGCCGCGAACCUCACCGACGUGGGAUGCCCUGCCGGUCGGGAGGUGGACGCGGGGAGGAAACCCAGGUUGACAAGAACUCAAAGUGCCUUUUCUCCGGUCUCCUUCAGCCCCCUGUUCACAGGUGAAACAGUGUCGCUUGUGGACGUGGACAUUUCUCAGCGGGGGCUGAGCUCCCCACACCCUCCAACUCCCCCUCCUCCUCCGAGAAGAAGCCUCAGCCUCCUAGAUGAUAUCAGUGGGACGCUGCCUACAUCUGUCCUUGUGGCUCCGAUGGGGUCUUCCCUGCAGUCUUUCCCCCUUCCUCCGCCUCCUCCGCCCCAUGCCCCAGAUGCGUUUCCCCGGAUUGCUCCUCUCCGAGCCGCCGAGUCCCUGCACAGCCAGCCUCCGCAGCACCUGCAGUGUCCCCUCUACCGGCCCGACUCAAGCAGCUUUGCAGCCAGCCUCCGCGAGCUGGAGAAGUGCGGGUGGUAUUGGGGGCCGAUGAAUUGGGAAGACGCAGAGAUGAAGCUGAAAGGGAAGCCGGAUGGUUCCUUCCUGGUGCGAGACAGCUCGGACCCUCGGUACAUCCUGAGCCUCAGUUUCCGGUCCCAGGGCAUCACCCACCACACCAGAAUGGAGCACUACCGAGGAACCUUUAGCCUGUGGUGUCAUCCCAAAUUUGAGGAUCGCUGCCAGUCCGUGGUAGAAUUCAUCAAGAGAGCCAUCAUGCACUCCAAGAAUGGGAAGUUCCUCUAUUUCCUGAGAUCCAGGGUUCCAGGACUGCCUCCGACGCCAGUUCAGCUGCUCUAUCCCGUGUCCCGAUUCAGCAACGUCAAAUCCCUCCAGCACCUUUGCCGAUUCCGGAUCCGACAGCUCGUGCGGAUAGAUCACAUCCCAGAUCUCCCACUGCCUAAACCUCUGAUCUCUUACAUUCGGAAGUUCUACUACUAUGACCCUCAGGAAGAGGUAUACCUUUCUCUAAAGGAAGCGCAGCUCAUUUCCAAACAGAAGCAAGAGGUGGAACCCUCCACGUAGCGAGGGCCCCGCCGGUGACCACCAAGGGCGUUUGGUUGUCAAGCUGCAGUCUGAACCCGUGGAGUUAGCGUGAAGAGGAGGAGCAGGAGGAGGAGAGGGAACGGGAAGGGCUGGGAUCCCCCGCCAGGCCCAGGGCUUGGAGGAAGCACACAGCCGGCGCGGGUGGGCUCCACGUCAGACCGCCCUGUGUGCCGGCCGAAUGACGAGAAGGGCUCCUGGAAAACUGGAAGAAGUCUCGACACUGUUUCUUUUAGAAGUUUUGUUUUUGCUCUUUGCGUUCUCGGUAUGGAAACUCCUGCUGAAGGCGGCUGGGCUUUGCGCCUGUGGGGCGGAGCGGGGAGGGCAGAGCAGGACCGGUGGACGUGCCCGCGGGAAGGACGCAGCUGCAAUGCCCGCGUGGAGGAAGGAGCCGCCUUGUUCCUUUCCUUCAAGGCCUCGGAACCUAACCUGAGAGUCACCUUCACGGAAGCCGCAUUAGUCUGGGUUCCGUCAUGCCGUAGGCUCUGAGACCCGAACUGAACCGUGCUCGGCAGCCUGAGGCGCCCCGCGAGGGGUCUGACGCAGCAGCCCGGUUGCCACAUUGGUGUUUGCCACUCCUCUGAGCGGCAGCGUCGGGGUCCCCGUGGCAAGCCAUCGCCCGCUUUGGAGCCACCACGCCCUCCUGCGUCUGCCAGCCGGAGAGAGGGAGGGUAGGGCAGGGAGAGGCCAGGUUUCCCCAGCCCCAGGAGCCCUGAGGUCUCAGCCCUGUGGGGUUCCGAGUCCAGCAGAAGAGCGCAGCCCGUUUCGUGUUUCGGGGCUCUCACGACACCCCUCUCCUGCUGGAGAUGGCAAGGUCUCCUGGUUUCCUGCGCUCCUGCCGGCCCCAGACCUUUCCCAGACGGCCUGCUGCCCUCGUCCUGCUGGAGUCUGGGGAUGCCCUGGGAGGGCUCCCCUGGAAGAGGGGGUGCUUGGCGCUUCUCGGUGGUCCUCGUUGUGCUGACACUGGUCUAUGCACUGCUGGGAGAGGCUGGCCCCCGCCUCCACUGCCCCUCCCCCCCCGCUAGUCUGCUGCACCGUGUUGGGAGACUGCUCCUGGGCUCCCAGAGCUCGCGUCCGCCCCGUCCCGCAGGGUUGGUGGCACAUCGGUACAGAGAGACGCCCGCUGUCUUGCUCAGUUGCAGGACUCCUCACCAGGAAGCCCUGGCCUUGGGUCCCACACCUGCACGGAGCGCUGAGCAGAGCCCUGGCCUUGUAACUUGGCUGCAGUGAACCAGCCCAGAGAGCUCUGCAGCAGUGGAGCCCACUUUCUUGGGCGGGGUGACCUGGAGAGGUCCUGUCUGUCUGCAGAAGUUGCCGCCCUGCUGUAGAGCUGCCUGUCUGGACUCCUUUGAGGGCCUCAGCCUGACUGACUGGCAACCAUCUGGGACCCACUGUUUCAGCCACCCAUAAGUUUAAGGGUAUUUAUGUGUGCGCGUGGCUCUGGACUAGAUGUUGUGGGCUACACCAGGCAGAAGACGUGACCGCUGGCCUGAGGGGACCUUCAGAGUGGCUGCCACAUGCAAAGUCACUGGAGGGCACCAUGGCAGAGAAGCAAGGACUGCCGAGGGCGUUCGGAGUGGGUGAGAGUGGAGACCAGAUGGUCUGGAAGGCUGUGGCGCUGAGGCUGGGUGUAGGCAGGCGGCCUGCCGAGAGGAGAACAGGAGCGGAGCCAGGAAGCGGGAGUCGGCGUGGCGCCUCAGCACCCCGCGUCCAGACCCAGGCCGAAGCCUGCUCCCAGGCAGGCAGAGGCCAAGGCUCGCGCGGUGGGGUGGCGCUGCGGCCGUGUCGGCAGGGCCCCCGAGCAGCACCCGGCGCUGGCUCUUUGCUGUCUCAGCUCAGCCCUGGAAGCAAGGUCGCCCCUGCACUGUGGGCCUGGUGUUUCUGCCGGGGAGUCCACGCUCAGGAAGAGCCAGAGCAGCGGCAGGCCUCCACUCUCCUGCCCUGUGCUGGGGAGAGUGCUGAGCAUUAGUCAGGCUCCCCGGAGCCCUUCUCCACUGGAUGGGAGUAUGGGGCAGGGCAGAGGGGCCUCCUUCCUUCGUGGUGGUCGCAGUGUGGUCCCCAUGCUGGGCACCUGCUGUGGGUGUCCUGGCUGUGAGUGCCCCUGUGCUGCACGUGUCACCUGCAUGUCACCGAGCUGCUGUGGCCCUCAGGAUGGCGGCCCCUACUGCAACCUACUGUUCCUUGAAAUUUGGUGCCCAGGGAGGUGCAUGGGAAGGGGAGGGCAGGAACUCCGAUGCUGGGGACUGGAUAAGUGGGUGACAGCUGGCCUUUAAAGGAGAUGGGGCCACUGGUGAUGAUGGCCUGGUCUCCUGCCUGCCCCUGUGGAGAUGAGCUGAAUGUCACAGCCUGGAGCUGGAGCUGCCUCCAGGACUCUUGCUCCUACCCUGCUCAGGCUGGCGCUGGCGGUGUGGCCCUUGUGGGGGACAGGGUGGUGGUGUUGGGUGUGGCGUGGGGAGGGGGCCCGGGGUUGGGUGUGGGAGACUGCAGGAGCUGGAAAUGCCAUGGAGGGCACUCCUCAGCCCUUCUGAGCCCCAGCGCGAGGGCUGGGGUGUGGCUCUGGGGCUGCGGAAGGAGGUGCGUGCGUGUGUGCCGCCUCCAUUUGCAGAAGUCCUGCUGCCAGUCGGGGUUCCCGGGGGAGCUGGCUUGUUCCUGGUGCUGACAGUGCUGUGCCUCUGCGCGUCGGGGAGGAGCUUUUGAGUUAGACGUUUUCCCUAUGGGAACCCUCUUGGUUUGGUUUGUGGGAAGGGGGUGGGUAGGCGGUUUGAUCUCUGAUUGUCCACACAGCUGUCCUCACACUGGACUGUGCUAUCGCAUAUGUGUAGCCAUCUUUCUUUUCACUGCAGCAGUGUUUAUCAGUAGUUCAGAUGAUUUAUUUGCUCCUGGGGAGUAAAAUCUUUUUUAUUAAAAAAAAAAAAAAAAGAAAAAAGUGUCCCCAUUAUGAAAAUUGUAGGAUUAUGGGGCCACAAAGUCAAGUCUGCAAGUCCCCGUGGCCGGGCCUGCUGUGACAUUGGAGGCUUAGUGCUCAGCACAGUGACAGGAGGCCUUGGGCGAGUGGAGGAGGAAGUUCCGGGAGGCCGGGCGAGUCCGGGCCGGGCCCUGGGGACUCGGGUGCCGCAGUUAGGAGGCGGGGAUGAGUUGCAUUUAAAAUACUGAUUCAUCUGUCUGAGGGAAACCUUCACUCGCCUGCAGAUUCCACGUCAUCUUCAUCCCAUUUUGUUGCUCCUUGGCCUCCCUCCCUGUCCCCUCUGCACCCCCGCCCCCCCGUGUCUACCUCCCGGAAGCCAGUCCUGCAUGCUGAGUCUGUGCCCUGCUUCCCCGUUCAUCUCAGCGGCUUUCAGGGGACCCGGAAGUGCCCCCCAGCCAAGAAGCAUCGGGCGGGCAGGAGGGAAAACACGAACAGGAGGUUGCAGCUGGACUGCGAUCGCGGCUGCUCCCGGAGAUGGUGCGAGGCCAAGGGACUGUUGCCCUGAGCUGCGGCCCCCUCCCGGAGCAGUGCUGCACAGCGGGCAGGCGGGGCUGAGGACGGGCAGGGCCAGGGUGCUGCUGCUGUGUGUCCUGGUUGUGCUUAAGGACGUCACGGAAGAGGGCCGUCGUCCUGGGUCCGAGGGCUCCCCAGCUGUCCACUGGAGGGGCGCUGCCCCUGCAGCCACCGCGACCUCUUCAGCUACUUGUCCCCCGAGCCAGAGCGUGGCCUGGAUUUGUCUUCCCAUUCAGUUAUCCUCUUCCCUCCCUUUUUUGUGCUUAAUUUAUUAAAAUAGUUGCUGUAUAAUUUAUUUUCGUAAGCUAUAAAAAUGACUAAAUGGUUAAAAGAGACUUGCAGGCCAAUCUCCCGUAGGAAGACCCGAGGGCGGGAGGCAGAGAUGUUUUGAUACAAACAAGACAAAUGCACUUUGGGUGUGUUGGUAUUUUUCUGGGGGUGGAGGGGUGUCGGGCGGGGUCCCUGUAGGUUAGUUCCAGAGCGGGCUGUCUGUACAUACUGUAUCCAUAGGCAUGUUUGACUCAUAAGGGACAUUAGUAACUGCUGCAGGUCCUGUUUGGAAACCCCAUGUACAAUUCCCGGUUUUUGUAAGUGUCGGCGCGGGAGACAUUUGACUCUUGUGUUUGUAUCUCCUUUUUAUGAUUGCUGUACCGACCCAUGUCUUUUUGGGGAGGGGUGAAAAGAGAUUUGAAAUAAAAAUGUUUAGAAAUUA